ACGAACCCCACAAACAUCAGAUGCACGUCACAGCUCAGCGGCAGAUCGUCAAGCUGACGAAGAAUAAUAACGUGCUUGACCAGAACAUGGUGUACAUGAAGCUGCUGGAACUCUGCGAAGUUCAAGUCUGGGUGUGUAAGUCCGGUUUCUAUGGAGAUAACUGUGACAUGAGCUGCGUGCUUGUCCGAGCAACGCCACCUGUAACGGCUGGAACGCCUCGUGUCCAGAGAUAACUACAACAACUCAACUACGACAGUGACAACCAUUCCACCAACAACGACGACCACCCAAUCAACCACAUCCUCAGCAUCAACAAACCUGACUUUGGAAACGAGUGUACCGACAACUACCGAAAUCUCCAACAAAGAACCAGAAAUCACUACAAACUUCGCGCCCACCCCUUUAACCACAGAAAACCGAACGGAAGAAAGAAGAGAAGGAGAAGCAGCAAACAAGGCUGAAUUCCCCCUGUACCCGGUUAUAGGGGCGGCAGUGGGAGGAGGAGUGUUGAUGAUAGUUAUCGUUAUAAUUCUCUGCCUUGUAAUGAGGAAAAAGCUUGGCCACAAACUGGACGUCCAGGAGUUGCAGGAGAGGUCCACCACUCGCCGCGACUCCGAGUCUCAAAGUGUCUACGUCAUCAAAAAGGAAGCCAAGAAGAAGGCGGAGGUGAGGCCAGCGUUCCUGAGGGUUCCCAACAAGUUUGGACAGAAGAACGGCUACACCAACUUCGCCAUGGACGAACAGGCCAGCAAGGCAGGCAGCGUCAGCGGCGACGAAAACGGCGACUACAUGGUUAUCUACGACAACGAUGACAGCAUCUACGCCACGCUCAAGGACGGCAAUGCGCAGACGGACAACGCAGUACUCAGCUUGAUAGACUCGCUGGCUUCCGGCGAACUGCCUGAUAAGUAUACCGAACUUCCAAAAGGAUUUCUGCAUGAACACGAAGCCGGCAAAAGUCCGCUCAACUGUAACAAGAACAGGGUGGCCUCAGUUGUGCCAUACGACUACAAUCGAAUCGUUCUCAAGGACGGGUACGUGGCUGUGGAGGCAACAGACUACAUCAAUGCAAGUUAUAUUCAGGGAUAUCAAGAUCGAAAUACCUACAUUGCAACUCAAGGACCACGUGACAACACCGUUAGCGACUUCUGGCGGAUGGUGUGGCAAGAGCAGAUAACUCAGAUCGUUAUGCUGGCCAACAUAUCAGAAGGAGGACAGGAUCAGUGUUGGGAGUACUGGCCCUUCGCGACAGUUCUGAGACUCAUGGUCCAGUGACUGUGACAGGACUGCACGUGGAGAAGCGGGCUCACUUCAUGCACAGAACCUUCUUACUGAAGGCGGAAGACGUGAGUAUGGAGACAGGGUGUGGAGGGCCGACUGACUACACUGCGUUUGGUUCAUUGAAAUGUUGCAUCUCGUCAGCAGGAGGAGUCAGUCGCCCAUUAACGGGAGAUGAUUUGUGUGACAGGGAGCCCAGGAGAGGGAGGUAGAGCAGUACCACUUUCAAGUGUGGCCGGAGGUGGGGAUGCCGUCUGUGACGUCACUGGUCAACUUCUGGCGGCUGACGAGGGCGCGAGCUCCUCAACAUCCUCCGC